UUUUCUUUUUUCCAGCAAAAACAACUGUCUGUUUGAUCUAACCUGGCAACGAGAUGGAUCCAUUACUAUUAAAGCUUUUAACGAUUAUUAUAUUUACAACAAAGCAACUGGUAGUCUCCUUGCUAACAGCGAUGUAAUUUCAGAAAAGGAAAAAUUCCGAAUUCGACUUGUUAACAGACCUGUUCUUGUCAUGAAGGGGGAGUUUGGUUUUGUUGCCUUCAAAGUUGCUGGAUCUACUAAAGCAGAAUAUGUGUGCAACAAAUCAGUUUAUGAUCUGAUAUUUCUGGAAGCAACAGAUAAAGGGAUUUACCAUUUCAAAGGUCAUAACAAUAAAUACUGGAGCAUUGGUGAAGAUGGAUCGCUUUUUGCCGACAGCACAGGUCCCACUCCGUUCAUUCUUGAAUUCCGUGGACAGUCCAUGUUUACUGUCAAAGCACCUGAUGGUUCUUUCUUAAAAGGUGAACAGAAUGGUAUAUUCAAGGCCACUGGAAAAGAAGUAAAUGCCUCUACUUUGUGGGAAUUUUAAAUUGACUGAAUACUUUGACCUCUUGACUGCCGUCAUUUCCAUAUCUUCACCAUAAAUGAAGCCAAUUUUUAUUUUUUAUUUUGAAGAACUUUACUUACAUGCACUUUGUGUGCAGGAAUAUUUAAAGAAGGUGACAUUUUAUUUUGG